CGCCGCGCGGGACCAGACACAAAGCCGAUCAAUCCGGGCGUCGCGGGGCGGGGGGGAGAGGGGGGACCCGCUGCGCGCUCCCUUCCGCCGCUGGCCUUCUGCUGCUGUCCCCCUCACUUAGGACCCUGCGGACACCUAAUCCUACUUCCACGCCUUCCCUCCCCCCCCCCCCCAGCCCCUUCACUCUUAAGAAGGUCGCCCCAGAUCGCCCCCCCCCCCCCACACCCCGCGGCUUCCCAUCCCAGGGCUGAGAGACGCACGGAGGAAGCAGCCCAGGAAGGGAAACUGACAUCCCAUCCCGAUCCGCCUCCCUGCCUCCUUUCUCCUCACUACUCUCGCCUCUGCCUCUAUCCCACCCCCCUGGAAUUCAGGGGAUCCCCCCGCCCCGCUUCCCCGACACCGGCACUCCAGCCACCCCGAACCCCUCGACCUUCCGCGUGGAGCCAUCAGCUCGAGUCCGGGAAGAUGGCGAGGGGGAGCCGCCACCGCCUCCUCCUGCUGCUUCUUCGCUACCUGGUGGUCGCCCUGGGCUAUCAUAAGGCAUAUGGAUUAUCUGCCCCAAAAGACAAUCAAGUAGUCACAGCAAUAGAGUUCCAAGAGGUUAUUUUAGCCUGUAAAACUCCAAAGAAGACCAUCUCAUCCAGAUUAGAGUGGAAGAAGUUGGGGAGGAGUGUCUCCUUUGUCUACUACCAGCAGACUUUCCAAGGUGAUUUUAAAGAUCGAGCUGAAAUGAUAGAUUUCAGUAUACGGAUCAAAAAUGUUACAAGAAAGGAUGCUGGGAAAUACCGUUGUGAAGUUAGCGCCCCAUCAGAACAAGGCCAAAACCUGGAAGAGGAUACGGUCACUCUAGAAGUAUUAGUGGCUCCAGCAGUGCCUUCAUGUGAAGUGCCCACUUCUGCUCUGAGUGGGACUGUGAUAGAGCUACAAUGUCAAGACAAAGAAGGGAAUCCAGCUCCUGAAUAUACAUGGUUUAAGGAUGGCGUCCGUUUGCUGGGGAAUGAAAAACUUGGCUCCCAAAGGUCCAACAGCUCAUACACAAUGAAUAUAAAAUCUGGAACUCUGCAAUUUAACGCUGUUUCUAAACUGGAUAGUGGAGAAUAUUCCUGUGAAGCCCGUAAUUCUGUUGGUUAUCGCCGGUGUCCUGGGAAACGAAUGCAAGUAGAUGAUCUCAACAUAAGUGGCAUCAUAGCAGCUGUAGUAGUUGUGGCCUUAGUGAUUUCUGUAUGUGGCCUUGGUGUGUGUUAUGCUCAGAGAAAAGGCUAUUUUUCAAGAAGGAUAGCUCUGCACCUAAAGCCACUGCAAUGAGUGAAAAUGAUUUCAAACACACAAAAUCCUUCAUAAUUUAAAAGAAUUCUAAUUUUGAGACACAUCAAAACCACAGUUGUUACCCACAUUAUUAAAAUAUUGUAAGCCUCUGCUCUGACUUACCUUGCAAAGAGGUGGGCUAGGAAAUGAACUUGGAGCCUCCUUACAACUUUGAUAACCUCUAGCUCACCUGAAAUUGAUAUUUUGCGAAAGAAACAUCCGUCAUUGUCUAAAAUACAACCUGGCUUCCUUUGUCGGAUUGAACUAGAGACUCAAAAUACUGUGUUAUACUCUGCAUUUUGUGAAAUUCUAACAAAUGUUUUAACUUCUGAAGAAAGUUACUAUAAUAAAUCAUAUUGACUGUGAAGCUAA